AUGGAUAAAAAUAUACAAAUGGCGCCGUCAUCUGUGGCCAACGGGACGAAGAAAUUGGAGAAGCUGGCGGCCGGCGGCGUCGAUCGGCCGACCAAUCCAAUGGUGACACCUCUGUUGACGGAUCUCUACCAGUUCACUAUGGCCUAUGCUUACUGGAAAGCCGGCAAACACAAUGACCUCGCCGUGUUUGAUUUGUAUUUUCGGAGAAAUCCUUUUGGUGGGGAAUACACAGUGUUUGCUGGUCUAGAAGAGUGCAUAAAGUUAAUUGCUAAUUUUAGGUUCACAGAAGAUGAAAUUGCAUUUAUCAAGUCGUCCUUACCUUCAUCAUGUGAGGAUGGCUUCUAUGACUACCUUCGAGCAGUUGAUUGUUCUAGUGUUGAGAUACAUGCUAUUUCCGAAGGAUACGUUGUGUUCCCGAAGAUACCAUUGAUGAGAAUCGAAGGCCCAGUAGCUGUUGUUCAACUGCUGGAGACACCACUUGUGAAUCUGAUAAAUUACGCUUCAUUAGUUGCGACAAAUGCUGCAAGACAUCGUUUUGUUGUUGGGAAGUCCAAGCUUCUUCUUGAGUUUGGGCUAAGACGGGCACAAGGUCCUGAUGGAGGUAUAAGUGCAUCUAAGUAUUGUUAUAUGGGCGGAUUUGAUGCGACGAGCAAUUGUGCUGCCGGGAAAUUAUUUGGAAUACCACUUCGAGGGACACAUUCUCAUGCGUUUGUCAGCUCAUUUACGAGCCCUGAUGAGAUUGCUGAGAAAUCACUCAAGAGUUGUGAUAGCUCAAUGACUUGUGAGGAUUUUGUUAGUUUGGUUCGAAUGUGGUUAAGCAGAUUAAAGCGGUCGGCUGUAUUGGGUGGAAUUUUCAGCGAAACAAAUCAAAGUGAGUUAGCUGCUUUUGUCUCAUACGCUCUUGCCUUCCCGAAUAACUUUUUGGCCCUUGUUGACACAUAUGAUGUUAUGAGAAGUGGAGUUCCUAAUUUUUGUGCAGUUGCUCUGGCUCUAAAUGAUUUGGGGUACAAAGCAGCAGGUGUUAGGCUGGACUCUGGUGAUCUUGCCUACCUAUCAUGUGAGACGCGUAGAUUUUUUCAGGCGAUUGAAAAGGAGUUUAGAUUGCCCGGUUUUGGAAAGACAAGCAUUACAGCUAGUAAUGACCUUAAUGAAGUAACUCUGGAUGCUUUGAAAAAACAGGGCCAUGAAAUCGAUGUAUUUGGAAUUGGGACGCAUUUGGUCACAUGCUAUGCUCAACCUGCGCUAGGCGUUGUUUUCAAAUUGGUAGAAAUUAAUAACCAGCCUCGUAUCAAACUCUCGGAAGAUGUUUCAAAGGUGUCUAUCCCUUGCAAAAAAAGAUGUUACAGACUUUACGGGAAAGAAGGUUAUUCCCUGGUGGACCUUAUGACUGGGGAAAACGAACCACCUCCUAAGAAAACCGAUUUGACCAGCCGAGAUGAAUAUUGCUCGGAUCUGCCGUCACCGAGCUCCGGCGCCAUAGCAAUUCCCAAGUCGCCGUCGACCGAAGGCCCGCCGCACGUCACCCACGUUUCUGUCCAAUUUCGUCGCGGAGGCAGGCCACGCCGCCCGUCACCAAUGUCCGCCGGUUGCUGCUACGAGAAAGGAUAUCGGAGAGCCGAUGCAUCGCUAUUCCCUUCUGUACCACUAGCCGCCGUCGCCGCGCGAGUUGGAUAUUAUCGGCAGACGAUGGUCGGGUUGGGCGGAAAGCUCCGGUGGCACCUUGAUCCGCCGUUCAACUUUAACAUAUACAAAUCGGCUCCGGCAUCGAGCGCCUCCGGCGAUGGAUUGUCCGACACGGACGCUGCUGCUGGCGGUGUGGUGGGUGGAGGGAUGGCGGGGGUGUGGUGGUUGAAGGUGUUGAAAGUAAUUGGGGGCUAG